CUGGAAGGAGGUUAGAUUUGGAUUAUACGAGUAUAAUCAGGAAUUUGUUAAGUUAAUUCACUUUUCUUGUUUUGACAUUAAAAAUGUUUACAGUAAAACAAAUUACACCGAGAUAUAUAAACAAUUAACAUUUCUCUCAUUUCACCAUUAGAUUAUGACUUGAUUCAACUAUCGUGAACAGAAUUUCAAGUAAGCUAAGAUGAGGAUUUCAAAUCUUUUAACAGCUAUAGUCUGUUUCGUUUUUUACAUAACUUCUAUCAUGGCUCAAUUAAAUGUCGACAUUUCUGGUGGCGGCGGCGGAGGUGGUGGCGGUGGUGGUGCUCCAGGCGGAAGAGGAGGAGAUGUAAUUACUAACAUAAGAAUUAAUGGAGGUGGGAGAUUCUUUCGAGGUGGAGGUAAUAAUCAAGGAGGAAAAGGAAAAGGAAAAGGACGUGGUAAAGGUAAAGGAAGAGGCUUUGGUUGAAAGCGACGAGGAAGCUAAGAUGAGGAUUUCCACUCUUUUAACAGUUGCAAUAUGUAUCAUAAUUACCAUAACUUCUAUAAUGGCACAAUUUAAUGUCGACAUUGCUGGUGGCGGCGGCGGCGGCGGCGGUGGACCUAACGCUCCAGGCGGGAGAGGAGGAGAUGUAAUUACAAACAUAAGAAUUAAUGGAGGUGGAAGAUUCUUUCGUGGGGGAGGUAAUGAUCAAGGCGGAAGAGGAAACCAAAGAGGCAAUGGAAGAGGAAAUAAUAGAGGAAACGGAAGAGGAAAUAGUAGAGGAAAUGGUAGAGGAAAUAAUAGAGGAAAUGGUAGAGGAAAUGGAAGAGGGAAUGGACGUGGUAAAGGUAAAGGAAGAGGUUGAAAGAAGUGAAGUCAAGAAUAAAAACUUCACCCGUAUAUGACUUUGAAUUACACAGCUUUGAUGAAAUGGUGUAGAUAAUGACAAAGCUAUUCAUAUUUUUGUUGUUGUUUUUAGUUGUGUUUUUGUUGUUGUUGUGUGUG